UAUGCGAAGAUGGCCGCAGCCAGUACUUUCCAUGUGGUAAACAUUUGAUCGUAGAAUUUGAUUUAGCUAUCAUAAAUAUUUUUGCCAUUUAUUUCAUUGUAUUCAAAUAGCAAAGGUGGCCUCGUAUCAAGUGACGGCCAUUCAAAGAAUAUUUCAAACAUGCAACACGACGACGUUAUAUGGGAUCUUAUCGGCAACAAGAGUUUUUGUUCCUACAAAGUAAAAACAAAAACCCAACAGUUCUGUCGAAAUGAAUACAACAUCACAGGACUUUGUAAUCGGUCCUCAUGUCCCCUUGCCAACAGUCAGUAUGCCACUGUAAGAGAAGAAAAAGGUCAGUGUUUUCUCUACAUGAAAGUUAUUGAGAGGGCCGCAUUCCCUGCUCGCAUGUGGGAGAAGGUGAAACUUGAUAGAAACUAUGCAAAGGCCCUGGAACAGAUUGAUGAAAAGCUCAUCUAUUGGCCACGAUUCAUAAGACACAAGUGCAAACAACGCUUGACGAAGAUCACACAGUAUCUCAUUAGAAUACGCAAACUCACGCUGAAAAGACAGAGAAAACUGGUUCCACUCAGUAGAAAAGUAGAGAGAAGAGAAAAGAGGAGAGAGGAAAAAGCCCUGAUUGCUGCUCAGCUGGAAAAUGCCAUAGAAAAAGAACUGCUAGAACGUCUAAAACGAGGAACAUAUGGAGACAUUUACAACUUCCCCAUCCAUGCUUUUGAUAAAGCUUUGGAGAAACAGGAUGAGGAGAGCGAAUCUGAAUUAGAAGAAGAGGAAGAUGAUGAAGAGGAGUCUGGGCAGAGAGAAUAUGUAGCUGAUGAGGAGUUUGAAGAGAGUGAUCUCAGUGACUUCGAGGAAAUGGAAAACCUUAAGGGUAGCGGUGAUGAAGAGGUGGAAUCCAGUGAAGAAGAAACAGAAGAAGAGAUGGAGGUGGAGAGCAAAGGAAAAGCUCCACUCAAAGGGCCUAUCAGGAAAAAACGGGCAUAUGUGGAGAUAGAAUAUGAACAGGAGACAGAACCAAUUCAGAAAAGCAAAGCCACAUAAGGAUUAAACUACUGGUCACACCAGAGAUAUUCUGCUGCCUUUCAAAUCAUGGAACUGUGGUUAUAAAACAGCGUAUCCUGAUACAUACAAACACUCUCAGGCCAAAACUGAAAAUCACUAAUGUGGGGAUUGGAUUUAAAAUUCACAUUGACUUGUUUCAACUGUUCUUAUACUGUUACUAAGCAAAAAAUGACUUUUUUUUUUUUUUUUUUCUUCAUUGAUUACAAUUGUACACUAUUGUCUGGGUCAUCUGGGUCAGCUCUAUUUGACCUUUGUCUAUUUGGAUUUUUAGAAGUAGUAGUACAAAUAAUAGCUACAUUAAUGCAUUCUGACAACUGUAACUUAAAAGGCUCCUGAAUAAACCAAGAACUUUAUAUUUCUGCUCUGUUUAAAGCUGUUCAAAUGGCUGUCAAAGCAUUUAGCUGUAUGUGCAGUUUUGACUAAGAACAGCAUGUUCAGUGUUAUGUCCAGAAAUUUUAAAUACUUUUAAUUUAACCUGUAUUUAGCCAAGUUAACACCUCAAAGACAUUAAAAUGUAAAAUCUCUUUUAUAAAAGAUACAUAGUCGGCAGAAGUACAAAAUAUAAAAUGUUAAAUGUAAUUUCUGAAAGGAAGCUAGACUAUAGAAGUCUUUCAAAUGUUUUUGCAAAAGCUAAGCUGAACUAAUUACAUGUUUACAUAGUAAAAUUAUUUAAAAAAAAUUAUAAUAAAAAAAGUCUAGGUUUGCUCUCACAAGGUUCUCGUAUUAAAGGGAUAGUUUCUCCAAAUAUGAAGAUUCAUAAUUUUCUCUCCUUCAU